UCAGUGCCCUAACUGCAGUCUUAUUUAUACAGCACUUUGAGCUUUAUUCACACUAAAAUUACUUACUUAGUAAGCUUUUCAACUAUUCUAAUACGUUUUUCAUCUAUUUCUUCCCACCCAUUUUUGCCACCACCCAUCUACCUAAAUUACUAACAGACAAGCCCAAAAGUGUUGUGUGGCCCCCUACGAACCCCCUUGAAGGCGAAGUUUCGAAGAUGCCAGACGCGACAGAUAUGACGGCCAUGCCUAGCCCCGGAAACACAGAAUCUAUCAUCCAAUCACUUUGCUCGCAACAAAAGAUGGCCGAGACGGCAGUGACUUCUAGCCAACAAAUGAUAUCAAGCCAACAAGUAUCCUGCUCCGAACAGAUAUCAUCCGAGCAACAGAUGCAGAUUAUGUCUUCUAGCCAGCAAGUGACGUCUGGUCAGCAGAUGAUGUCUAGACAGCAGGUGUCAAGUAGCCAACAGAUGUCGUCUAGCCAGCAGAUGAGUGAGAUGCACAUGACGAGUUCUUCCUACGGCAUGGUCUCGGCCGCGACCACCACGGCGCAGACGCAGGCGCUGGUGCAGACCGUGGCACGGCGGGACGCCGGCACCGUGCAGGCCUACUCCGAACACAAGUCGGAGAAACAAGCCUCCACCAUGUACCAGUCACAGACGAGCCAACCGAUACAAAACACCUACGAAUCACGACCCGCCGAAAGCGAACAGUCCAUUAAAACUGAAAAAGCCUUCGUAGAAGAACAAUCAUAUGUCACCAAAUCUGAACAAAUCGUGUGCUCCAGCUCUAAUGGACAAACUAGGGUAGAAAAAAGCGCAGAUAAUGAGAAAAUUGAAACUACCGCUAAACAAGCAUUACAAGAAAAACCACCUGAGCCAAAGGAAAAUAUAAGCGCUGAAAUAAAAACAAAAGAAACAACCGCAAAUGAAUAUAAAAUAUCAGAAUCUCGAAAAGAGAGCUUUUCAGCUACUACUACCAAAGAGUCCGCUGUAUUUGAGACUAAAUCUCAAUUAAACGAAAGCGAUGUGGCUGCCGCUAUGAAACCCUCUAGCGAAAUACCGAACACUAUCCCUCGGGGCUUUGUGGCCAAUAUGAUUGAUGGCCUCACUACUGCUUCUGAUAGGCCGUUUUCACCAUUGCCAGCUCCGGUUGCCCCAUCGUUAGAUUCGUCUUUCAAUGAGCCCGCACCCGUCGCCCCUCCCUCCCAGCCAGCUGAACCAGUAGAAGUUACUCCUCCAACAAUCCAACCCCCACAACUGCCCCCGGCGCCCUCGCCAAUGUUCGCCCCCCAACCCAAGCGAGGUGUCUCCCCGAUACCACCUUUAAAAGCAUAUAACCCACCUGAAAAGAAAGACGAACCGAUCCCUAUGCCACCCGAAACACAGCCGUAUAUCCCCCCUGAUUUUAAAAUAAUAAUAGAACCAAAGGUGUCGAAGGCGGAGCGUGACGCGGCGUCGUCUCCGAUGGUGGACGCGCUGACCACGGCGCCCGAGCGGCCCUUCACCCCCGUGCGCACCGCCAUGUUGUUAGAAAGGGGCUCGCUCAAAGACGCCCUCACCACAGCUCCAGAAAGAUCAUACAGCCCACUACCCUUCAACGUGACUAGCCAGACUAGCCAAGUUUCCACAUCGAUGCAGUCGUCUACGGUGCAAUCCACGUCCUCGCAAAUCAUAAGGCCCAUUGCAACUCAAACUACGACCCAAACGAUCGAACAAGUUCAUUCUGAAUUUUCCACAAUGCAGAAUACUUGUAAAUUGCAAUCAUCUUCUGAUAUGUCGGCGUUCCGGCCCGUGGCUGGCCGCCAGGUGUUCCCUCCUCCGCAGCCAGAGGACUUCUGCAAACUAGCCAACUUCCCUCCGAUCAGCAAUGAGUUAAAAACUAGUUUCGAAAAAGCUACCAAAGCCAAUCAACAAUCAGUUGUAUCAGGCCCACAAGUUUUCAAAGGUAUGACGGAAACCAAAUCCAACUUCGAAAAAUCAUCUCAAAUGAGAAAAGAUAAGACUCUUGCCGAAUCAAAAUCUUCUCAAAUGAGACAGGAAACAACCAUGGCCGAAUCUAAUUCUUUCCAAAGUUCUUCAGUUUCUACAACCAGUAUGAAUACUCAAGUAUUUUCUUCUGUUAAAACGGCUCAAAGUUUCUUUGAGCAGCUCGAUAAGAAAGAAGAGAUGUCAUCUGUUGCUGUGAGGUCAAAAGCCGGCUUACACAAGCCCGAUAGUAUUCCGACCUAUCAGAAAAACUUUGAUCAGCUGUUAUCGCAGAGAGGCAUAACUCCGGAGGUGUGCAACGCGCCGGCCAUCCUGCAGCGGCCGGUGACGCCCACCACCGACCCGCCCGCGCGCCCCCGCGACCGCUCCCAGGAGCCCCGCGCCGCCGCGCCGCAACCACCACCCCCGGCACCCAAGCCAGCUAAACAACCUUUCGAACAGCCCCCUGUAUACUUCCAUAAAGAUUCCACCCCAAUUUCUAUGACGUUCCAACCAGUUAAUGACGAAUCUCUUCUACGAAUCUCUCCAUCGCGUAGCCGUCCAAACACACCCAGCAUGAUAAACAAACCGGCCCCUAUCAUUCCGCACUACCAGAUGAAUUUGAUCGGAGUUGAGCACCUCGCUCCUGACACCAACAUGUGCUACACGCCGUCCAGCCCCGAGGGCGCUCGCCCACGCCCAAGCCCAGGUCCAAGUCGCCGGCGCAAGGACCACCACCAAAUCCCCUAAAGGCUCAGGCACCGAGAAUCAAAGAAAGCACUCCCCAAAGAAACACAACCCAGUCUUUACUUACGAAGGCAACUCACAACCUUCGAAAAGAACACGAAAUGGCACAAAAGGGUUUCCAGAGCAACAUAGAGGUUUUCAAUGCAUCAGGCGCAAAGAAUUGGGGACAAACUCAGCCUUCAAUUGUUCAAGAACAAAGAAUGUCCAAUGUUGGCUACUCGUCUGAAAAUUACGAAAAGGGUGACUUAAAAAUAAAGGAGGACUCAAUGCUAAAUCAGAAUUACGGGCAAAGGCAAAUGCAAUCACAUGACGUGACCGAAUAUGGCAACACAACAGUUCAGUCCACCAGAAAGACCUUCGAGGAAUUCGAAACUAGACAGUCCGCUCAAGUCAUCGAAAUUCGCAAAGGGGGUUCAUCCACUGCAUCCAAUCAGCAAAUCGACUGUAACAUUCGCCCCUCCACUAUUAACCCGAAGCAAGUGUUUCCGCCACCUGUCAUGAGUGCUCCGGCUUCCCAACAGAGUUCAUCUGUUAGUUCUAACCAGAAUGUAACCUCUAGUCGUGAGACUGUUCAACCACAUCCUAUGACUUCUGGUGCUAACCAAGGUCCAGUGUGUGAUCCUACCCCGUCGACAGGUCCCAG